CAAUGAACGACAAUGAAGUACCGGAAGUAGUACGUAAAAAACCUCCCAUUGAGACUAUUCCCUUGGUCGCAGCCCGUUUUUGACGCCUGCGUAGUGGUGGAAACAGAGGAGGCUUAAAGUGCAUAGACGGUGCUUUGAAGAGGCUUGGCUGGACACCGGCACAGCACAUCCAGAAAUGGCUUCUUUGGGGACCAGCAGUCAGACAGCAACUGAAUAUGUGGUCCGUGUACCCAAAAACACUUCCAAAAAAUAUAAUAUUAUGGCCUUCAAUGCUGCUGACAAGGUCAACUUUGCCAGUUGGCACCAGGCUAAGAUGGAGCGAGAUCUCAGCAAUAAGAAGAUUUACCAGGAGGAAGAGAUGCCAGAGUCAGGAGCUGGCAGUGAGUUCAACCGUAAGCUGCGUGAGGAGGCACGGCGCAAGAAAUAUGGCAUCAUCUUAAAGGAGUUCAAGCCUGAAGACCAGCCCUGGAUUCUGAAAGUCAACGGCAAGGCUGGACGCAAGUUCAAAGGUGUGAAAAAGGGUGGUGUGACAGAAAACACCUCCUACUACAUCUUCACACAGUGUCCAGAUGGUGCCUUUGAAGCCUUCCCAGUCAACAAUUGGUAUAACUUUACACCCAUUGCCAAGCACCGCACAUUGACUGCAGAGGAAGCGGAGGAGGAAUGGGAGAGGCGGAACAAGGUUCUGAACCAUUUCAGCAUCAUGCAGCAGCGGCGGCUGAAGGUCCAAGGCGAGGGAGAAGAGGAAGAGAAGGAGAAGAAAGGCAAAAAGAAAGGGAGCGAUCUGAAAAUCCAUGACCUGGAAGAUGAGCUGGAGAUGAGCUCAGAUGACAGCGAGUGCAGCGAUGCUGAUGGUGAGAAGCCCACUAAACCCAAGAAGAAACCCCCUCUGACCAAGAAGAAGAAGAAGAAGAAGGGAUCGGAUGAUGAAGCCUUUGAAGACAGUGAUGAUGGGGACUUUGAGGGCCAAGAGGUUGACUACAUGUCUGAUGGAUCUAGCAGCUCCAUGGAGGAAGCAGUGGGCAAGCCCAAGGUGACCAAAGAGGAAGACAUCCCAAAAGGUAUAGAUGAAGCAAGUGAGAGUAGUGAAGAUAGUGAGGAGGAGAAGCCUGUGGAGGAGAAGGAAGAGGAAGAAGAGGAGAAGAAGGUCCUGACUCCCCAGGAUAAAAAGAAAAAGAAAGACACCAGUGAUGAGUCUGAGACAUCUGAGGAUAGUGACAUUGACAGUGAAGCAUCUUCAGCACUCUUCAUGACGAAAAAGAAAACUCCUCCCAAGAAGGAGCGCAAGGGCUCAGCUAGCAGCUCGCAAGGGAACAGCCGCCCAGGGACACCUUUAGCUGAUGCAGGCAGCACUUCAUCCACACUACGGGCUGCAGCGAACAAACUGGAACAAGGAAAGCGACAGGCAGGGUCCAGUGAGCUCCCUGCAGCAAAAAGGCUGAAAAUGGAUGCUGGGCCCCAGACCACCACAACCUCAGGAAAAUCUACUCCCCAACCACAGUCAGGCAAGUCAACACCCAGCAGUGGCGAUGUGCAGCUGACAGAGGAUGCUGUGCGGCGCUACUUGACCCGCAAGCCCAUGACCACUAAGGAUCUGCUAAAGAAAUUCCAGACCAAGAAAACGGGGCUGAGCAGCGAGCAGACGGUCAAUGUGCUGGCCCAGAUCCUUAAGCGCCUCAAUCCUGAGCGCAAGAACAUCAAUGACAAGAUGCAUUUCUUCCUCAAGGAAUGAGCAGGGCAGAAGCUGGGCCAGAUACAAACUGUCCAUUGGUAGCCACCAUCCUGCUGGGCAGUUCUGAGCCCCUUGCACUUAAUCAGUAGCUGGAGUGGCUAGAUCCUAGGUCUGUGUGGGUAGCCAUUCAUACCCUUGGGGAAAGGGGCAGAAGAUUGGUGCAGCCUAUUGAGGGGCACUGAAGAUAUUACCUCUCUGAGUGGAGGACAGUUUUCCCUUCCAUGCGGAGGAAUCCAUGAAUGAAAUGCUGCCAGUUUUAGAAUAAACAGGUUCUUUUUACACCUCCCCCCCUGUGUUUUCUCAUACACUAAAAGAGAGGCAAGUUUGCAACCCAUUCCUCUCUUCUCCCCUUGCCUCCCCCGCCCAAAAGCACAGAGACUCUGAGAAAGCAUUACUAGUCCACAAAUACUUUUCCAUGUAAUAUUUUUUUUGUAUAAAGUCUAAAACUGUAUGCUUUGGCAAACAAAGAGAGACUGCUCAGAAUGCCCUGCUGUGACUGGUUUCCUCUAGCUGGACACAUGCAACUGUUUUCAGUCUGCAGCAAAAAAAAAUUUUUUUUAAAAAAAGUUUGGAAUUCCACAUUUGACAAUAAAUGAGAAUAAAUUAUGCAAA